AUGCUACGAUUCAGCGGAUCGAACUGGUUUACCAAACCACACUCGAGGCGAAAGAGUGGCAAGAAGGUGAAGGUAACGUUUUCCGACCAACUUGACUCGGACGGGAGCACCAGCAGCGGCCCUGCCACGGUUAACCCGAGCCCCUCGUCGCAGCGAUCCAAUUUUCUGGAAAACAUUUUUGGGUCAUCCAAAGACUCCUCAAAAGCGGUCCCCAGCGGUCGAUCGGCGGCGUCGAGUGAGUUUGAUCGCGGUAGCAGUUUGCGGCACAGUCUCACCGCGGGCGUUACUGGUUCGCCUGGCGGUCCGUACAACCGUCGACCGCCCGCGCAACGGAAAGUAGGCCAAAGGAUGGCCGACUGCGAGAAAGAGGAAGCAUCGAAUUUGCAGGUGGAAUUCGAGUGGGUGCUGCACGAGGAGGUCCAUUCGGUGUUGAAGCAACUUCACGCCAUCCUGGUGGAGUGUGCCCACCGAUUUCCGGUUCCGCUGUACGGCAACGAAGGCAAAAAACAGGACAAGUUCGUGCUGACUGCCGCGCCGGAGCAGCUGAAGUGCGUCGUAACGCUGACCGGUGAUAGCAUAACGCAUGCGGAUAUCAACUUCAAGGUACAGCGACAGCAGCAGCAGAUACAGCGCACCUCGAUUACGCAGGACUACCCGUGGAAGAUACAGCAGGUGCAGGAUGCGGCCAACCACUUGCAGCAAGCGAUCAACCACAUCGACAACGUGGACAGUGCGUACCACUUCAAGACGUCCGAUGAGGUGCUCCACGUGCUGGGCAACAUCCUGGGGGCACUGCAGCGGGGCCGCACGUCGCUCGUGGUGCCGCGCAAGAAACCGAUCGACGAGCUAAUGAAGAGCCGCAACAUGAAAGCCCUAUCGCCCAAUCUGCCGGAGGAUCUGGCCAUCAGUUUCUACAUUCAGAGCCAUAAGCUGAUCUUCGUGGCGUACCAGCUGACGAACUUUCAGGGCACGAUGAAGUUCGACUCGUGCCAGGCCGAAUGCUCGGUGCCGUGGCUGAACGAGGUGCUGGUACUCUUUACCGUCGCACUGCAGCUUUGCCAGCAGCUGAAAGAUAAGAUAUCAGUAUUCUCGCAGUAUAAGGACUUCACUGUUGGCUCGCGCUCACCGUCGGCUCUUUCCUACUGAUGUCGUGCUUCGUGUGCAGCGUACGUGCCGUGCCCAUCGUAGACUGUCGCAUUGACCGUCCCAGUCGUCGUGUUCGCCGUGGUUAAACCACCGUGUGUUCAAAGGACAGCAUAAACAUUGAAAGAGCCGCAGAAUGGCGGUACUUACGACCGAGGCAGUAGUCGCAAGCGAUCGAUUCGCGUUUGUGUGGAGCGCGGCUUUAUUCACACGCGCCACCGUUUGUUGAUGCAUAUGUUCAUAUUCCAUGUUUGUUAACAAAUUCAACACAACCGUUGUUACUAGCAUUAGGCUAAGGAAUUAAAAUGGCCAAGUACCAUGUGGCGCCAUCAUCUUACACCGGAAUCCUCUCGCUCUUGCUCUCUUUCUCUCUUUGUGCCUAUGUGCCAUUGAUCGGAUGUAUAUGUAGACGCCGGAGGUUGAACUAAGAAUGGUUGUACCCUGCAGUAGCCCUAAAUGGUCGACACUGGCCGCGAUCGGAUGAUGAUCAUGACAAACAAAAGGAACUACUAUUCAGUAACACAUUCUUAGCACGAACAUUGUUUGGCUAAAUGUACUUUGUUUCCGAGUGUUGAACGCUGAAACUAAGCUAGGGAAGGAAAUUGGCACCCUUUCCCGGCAUCAUCGAAACCCAUGCAAAUAGUAGAACGCCAAAACGCGGGGCAGACAAAUGACCGCUAGGUCCGCAAAUUGUUCGCCGGCGUCCAGUUCAAGAAGCGUCCCAUCUCGGCCUACGGUAAGCCAAUAAAAGAUUGGCUUUCACGCUGUAAUAUACACAACACCCAACAUGUGAUAAUAUGCCAGAAACCCAGAACAAACGUUGAUCGUAAGCAAACUGUUAACCGGGUUGCGUUUGACUGACGGGGAAGGGGAGUGUCGUUGGAUUAGCUUGAAUCUCUGCUAACUGAAACAAGCGACGAGAACGGUACGAAAGACACACGCUGUUCGCGUGUGGAGGCCUUUUCGGUGAAGCAAUCAAUGAUCAGUUAAAUUAAAACAAAGAAAUUACCGUUCGUAAGACAAAAUUAAAAGCUUUUCUACAAGCACCCGGUAGGUGAGGCGUGACGAGACGCGCGGAUUAGCUAGAAUACGCACAUUUUAAACUUCUCUCCCGUUGAUCGUUCGUCAAUUUGCGCUAGUGCGAUGCAAAGAACGAUGCUUAGAUUUUAUGUUGCAGGUUCGUUGAGAGUGUGCGCAUUUUAUUUGCCAUUCAUUGUUUAUGUUUUAACUUGUUAAUCGAACAAAAUAGCAGUGUACGGAGCGAGAGUUUUGCCGUGCCCUUGUUAGCGAUUAAAACAAUUAAUAAAUGUAUCUACUUUAAAUGCAUUUCUUGAGGAUCAGCAGUUUUGUUUAAUUUAACCAUUCGUCUAAUCAAGUUACUCUUCUUACAUCAAUGGUCAUACAUUGUAUCAUACAAACAAUAUUAGAAUACGCUCCACACCAUGGGUCGGUUGACUUUCCACUAUUUAAACGACAACACGUGUGUAUCAAAAUGAUCUCAUUACAUUGAGUGGUUUGAAAUUUGAAAAGAACUGAGUUGUUACGUCGCUAAAAGGCACAUGAAUGAAUGAAGUAAAACAAAAGAGAAAACUACGGCAAACUGUUUUUAAAACACGUAAUUAGAACUAACAUUGAACGUCAAUUGCUUUAACAAGUUUUUAACAUGUGACUUUGUUCCACUGUGAACAUCGUUUUAUUUGGCUUUUUGCUCGUUAGUAUUCCCAACUAAAACACUAAUCAGUCAGAGUGUAAUAAUGAAUUGAUACACGUAUAUACAUAUGUAUGGUUGUUUCAUCAUUACUUAAACAUCCGAACGGGUGUUUAAAAUAUUACCCACUAAAAAUUGAUCAUUAAUAAAAAGAGCACGAGAAAACUUGAAGACAUUAACAAGAGCCCAUGGUCACAAACAUUAAAUGUACGUGCACUAGUUCGGUUAACUGCGGAUACAAGUCCCGACGGUCGCAGGUUAUCGAGUUAAUUGCGAUGUUUUUUUCGGUCUGACAGACGGUCCUGAAGUCAGAUAAAUCGGCCUUCAAUUUAAUUUAAUGAUGAAAAGUGAAAACAGUUAGGCCGGUAAGCAAUAAACGGAAAUCUUUCGGCCCGUUUUGGACGACCAGUGCACACCCUUUUCAGUUUGACUAAAAGCUAGUAAAUUAAAACAAAUAAUAACCCUAAUCGCAGCGGAUACGCAAAAAUAAAGACAAUAAUAACGUGUAGGAGAGCAGUGAAAAGACACAAACAUUGAGAAUCGUUGCGAAAUCUACAGCAUUUUCAGUGUUGGCGGGUAAAGCGAAGGCCAAACUUGUAAGAGGAUGAUUGAUUGCCGUCUUGUGUAAUUAGGGUUUCUCUAGAAAGUUAGCCAAAAAAAAAAACCAUCGUAAUGUUGAGGAAAUGAGAUACCGAAUUGAUCCCAACGUAAACAAUAAAUCGGAAAAUAAAGCAGUCGGAACAAACAAAUAGUCUCUCCUCCAGGUUCGCAUAAUGCGGCCACACAAGGAGGACGAUGUGUGAAAGGUGCAUUAUUUAGUUCACAGCAUAAAACAACAUAAAUGGUAUCGCACGGCAUCGUUUGCCCGCUGCACCGUAGCAAUAAUAAUGGAUACAGUUACCGAGAAUGACUAAAAAUAAUCCAUAGCCGAAAAAACAGGGACAUCAUGUUGUGCGUGUUUUUCUUAAUUGUACCAAACCCCGCGGAGGUCAGUGCCGUA